CGGCGAGGAGUCGGCGAACGUUUUGAUGGGACGGACAGCACUUCCGGUCUUGGUAUCCUAGCAACGGGAGGCAUCAACGAACUCUCCACAGGCCAGAUGGGCAAUUUGCUUAAGUCUGGAAGUUGUGCAGGUUAGAGGAACCAAAUCUAUAAAAGCAGUUCUACUAAUGACUUUGUGCAAGGAUUGUGGAGCUUGAAAAAGGUUGUUCACCACAGUCUUCUUGAGUGUUGAAAAACUGAGGUUGUGAUACUUAGAAGAAUGACAAAUAACAUUAUGAAACAUCUGGUAAUACCAUCUCCUUCUGAACAUAAUUGGAAUGACAAUGAUGAAAAUGACUACUAUCUAAAAGAUCCAGAGCGACUGUUUGAUGAGUUACCCCAACCUUUCAGGAUGAUUGAUAAAUUAAUUGGCCGCAUUAUAGAGAAUGCCUGUGAAAUCAUUGAAAAAAGGGAAGCGCAAAGGGAAGUUGAGAGAUUAAAGAAAAAAAUACCUUUGUGUGAAUCAUCAGAGGAGAUUCAGGUUCCUGGCAAUGUAAACUGCCUUGCAGGUUCUGUGGAUGGAAGUUGUAUUUUUGCUGGACUUUCCGAGGGAAUAGCCAUUUUCAAUAUGGAGAAUCACACUGUUAAAACUGUUUGGAAGACAGAGGAUGUUGAGAUAGUUGCAAUUCAAGUAAAGAGUGUUGGAAGCCAGCUUCAUUUGCUUGCUGCCGUGGAUGACAUGGGUUUGGCGCAUCUCCUUUUUUAUUAUGGUGACAUAUUUUCCUCUAUAAAAGUUUUCAAUGCAUCUGAGAAUAUAAGUGAAAGAAACACUUGCAGUAAAUUUGAAUUAUCAGAUGGUGGAGACUAUGCCGGUGUGACUCUUGAAGGCAGAGGUGAGACUUGGCUAGAGGUGUAUCGACUGAUGAAAGACAAUUGGAUUCAGGAGCUAGACCAGUUUCUAAAGCUUGUGGAACUUAAUGAAGAAACUGAGGAAUUCUGCAGAUGCUGGAAAUUCAAGCAACACACAUCAAAGUUGCUGGUGAACACAGCAGGCCAGGCAGCAUCUGUAGGAAGAGGUGCAGUCGACGUUUCAGGCCGAGACCCUUCGUCAGGACUAACUGAAGGAAGACAAAUGAAUCCUCCAAAUCCACAAGAUAUUAAAUUGUCACCUCCGGUUCUGGUGUUGAAAGUAAGGCCCAGGCAGAUCACAGAUUGCCUAUGGAAAAAUACAUUUGAUGCUCUUCUGAAGCUUGAUGAUGGAAACAUUAUUGGUACAGGUCAAAACCACGUUAUUACCACGCAACAAUGGAAUGCAGAACAAAAAGUAUUUGAAGAAAUGUAUGAGACCUAUCUAUCUAAAGACACCAUAGAAGAAAGUGAAGAAAAGCAGAGUCAACCAACAUUUCAUUUUCUGAACCUUGGACGGCUACUUCCAGUUGGUCUGGAGCAGAAAACUCAAGCCGGUCUACCGAAUGACUUGUGUGUAUGGUGGAGCGGCAGCCAUAUACUAUUUCAUUACAUACUGAAAAUACCAGGAUCAAAAGAAAAGAUAGACUUGGAACCUAAAGCUAAUAUUGUCUGGCCAAAUGCUUCUCUAAUCACCUGUUCUGCUGGGGAAAUCUGUGCAUCUCUCCUGGUGAUUGGCCUUGCAGAUGGGACAGUGACAGUGUGGGACUUGUAUAUGGGCAUCCCAAUAUCAGUUUUGCCAGUUUCAACAGACAGUGCUAUCAGGAGUCUGCAUAUUCUAGAGCCCAGUUCUUGUGCUGCUUCAGCAUCACUGGAUGGAUAUCCAAAAUCACAAAUAGUAGCAACCUGCAAAAGUGGCGCAGUUUACCUCAUCACAGCCACUGCACACUGCGAAGGUACCAUUACAACAUUGCGAGGGAGAAAUGAAGAGCCAGGAAGUAUCAUCAUUGCAGUAGCACUUGUACCACAACUCUCAAGCCGGUUUCUUCUCAUCCUUAAAAAUGGCACAAUGGCAUUGAUGGACAGCAUCCAUGGGGAUACUUUGUGCCACUAUACACUCCCUUUUCCACAUGCGGUGGCAUCACCCUGGAAGCCAGUAUUUGCUUUUGACAAAGAUGGCAGUUUCUUCUUUAUCAAAGGAGAUAAAAGCAUAAGCAAAGAGACCCCAGACUCAGAGGAGAGCAGCAGUUUGUUAUUUGCCUUCUCCUUGCUUUCUUUUUUUCCACUGGAUGUGUGCACAAAGAAGAAAGAUCCUCCACAGCCUCCCACACCAACUACUUGGGAACUGAGAUGUGAACAGUUUCUACAGGAAAGGUUGAAUUCAGUGAUGAAGAGAAAUGAAGAUAUGACAAAGUGUUGGAAUCAGCUUCAGCAUCAUGCUAUGUUAUUCGUAAAAGGAGAGAGAUCUAAAAAAAGACAGCAUGUCCAGUAAGAGAGGUUGCCUCAGAACAAUAUACCUUCCAGCAUGAUGGAAGUUUUCUGUUAAUUCCUAUUUGCUUUGUGACUUCUAAAGUGAAGCUUCAGGUGGGAUGUUAAACCAAGACACUUGAAAAUAGAGACUACAUGGUGUAGAGGAGGGGCAGAAGGAGUUUUUGCUUUCCUUGGCGGUUCUUUGCUUAAAAAUACUUCAUUAUAGUACCAAGAAAACUGUAAAUAAAGAUACAUGAAAUGGAAAAAUGGAAAUAAUUAUACAAAACUGUACAGUUCUAAAGUUCAAAGUAAAUUUAUUUUUAAAGUACAUAUAUGUUACCAUAUCUACCUUGAGAUAAGUGACCAUGGAUCGGAAAGUCUUUGCUAUGCAUUUGUCAGAGAUGCUGUAGAUUGUUAGCAGAAUUUUCAAUGCCGUUGUCUUUGACUUUGAUGCUAAAGACCUUUUUUUGAUUCCUCUUCCUGUUGGAUCAUGCCAGGAGUACAAUUCACCAUCAUGCUGGAUCAUCCAAGCUAAUGUUCUCCCACCACUUAACUAUUACUGGGAGCCAAAACAUUCAUUGCUCAUGGAAAAAAAGGAAAGGCUGCCGAGCACUCAGCUGAAACAAAAAUGGAAAAUGACCAAUGCCCUUAGGUUAGAUAGCAUCACUAGAGGGAGAACAACUAAUGUAAGAGAACAAUGACGUUGCCUCAGAAUUGGAAAAACAAAAACAAAGUAUGUUUUCUUUCGGAACUGGGAAAGAAUAGAAAGAACAGAAGGAAUGACUACAGUAAAAUGAAGGCUGAAAUCCAAACCUGAGAUUGAUGAAUUUAAUCUGGAUAUGCCUGUUUCAGUUUGUUCCUUUAUUUCUUUGCUGUCUUUACCUACUUGGUCUUAAAGCAAUAGUAACCAUGUCAACUUUGGUCUGGGGCACAUCACAAGUAUUCCCUCUGCUUUCGCCACCCUUCCUUCUUUGUACAACUUAAAUUACUUGUUUUCUUACUUUUUCAGUUCUAACAAAGGAUUAUUGACUUGAAAUAUUAAUUCUGCUUGACCUGCUGAAUACUUGCAAUGUUUUCUAUUUCCAACAUCCACAAUGUUCUCCUAAAAUUCUUGAUAGAGAGUUCAUUAGGCUGACCUUGGCUUAUUGUGUGUAACACACCAAUUGUUAACACAUGGGAAAAAUCGCGCCACUGUCCUCGUUUUCACCAAUGAUUAACUUAGGUAGAACCAGCAGAUUCUUAUACCUGUGUCCUUUCUGGGCCAGGAAGCAGCUUUAUCUGAUACCGCAAUAAAGGGCAUUGCUGAGAAUUAGUACCAGGGUUCUAUGUAAAUCAUUAGAAAAAAUGUAUGUAUUUUUAAAAUGGUAUGACCAGUUCUGCCAUCAGUUAAUUGUUUAUCCAAUGUGCCCUUCCAUCUGUCUUUUUGGGCUAAUACAGUAAUUACCUAAAUUGUGCUUGCAAAAUUAACUCAUUGCUCAUUCCCAAUCCCCACCUCUGUUCUCACACAAAAAGGCAAACACUGUGUGUUUGGCUAGGACCUCACUCAUUUUAGUGUGAGUUGACCCAGUCAGCAAUCCACUUGCAGCAAAAGAUCUCAGGGGAGCUGGUUUACAAAGGAUAGCGCAUGCCGGUUCCUAGCAACGCAGUGAGGCUUCUCAACAUCACCUCAAGUAGGCAGAUAGGUGACCAGGUCAGCAUUCAACAGAACUUUCCAUCAGUCCCACUACUUAUUGAACAGGA